CCUCUGCGCACUUUUUUGUUCUACACUUAUUUCACUUUUUUCAAGAUUCCUUACCAGCGUUCUAGGCUAGUUUUCGCCUUCUGGUAUUUCUUCCAUGGUUACAAGCGUCCGAGAUAACACUCGUGUGCCAGCAAUGGACGAAUCAGACGAAGAAAUACUCGAUUAUCAGACCAGUCGAUUGCAGGCUUCCAGGUUGAGAAUAGCGCUCUUCAAUCUAUUACAGAGCGACAAUCAAAAGACAAGGCAGGCCACUCUUCAAAAGAUCUUUCGAUUGGUUCACUCAUACGCCAUUACAUCCCAGAAUUCAUCUUUGAGCCCUGUUGCACUUCAAAACAUGGAUCUCGAGAAUAUGAAAAUUUCUGGCUCUCCGGAAACGGCUGAGGACGAUCCAAAUACUGCUAUACCGACUGUCGAUCACUCCCUGGAGGCUGAAGGCGCGGCUGAACAACUGCAUUUAUAUUUAUUAACGCUGCUGAGACUAGCAACAACUUGUCCGUACAGUGAUGUGCGACGAAGAUGCACUACCUUCCUUAGCCAGUUGCAGACCAGUGGCAUUGUUACCCCCAUGUUGUUACACCCUUCGCCAUCUUUUUUCAUCACCGAAACCGAUAUUACGUCGUUCCAUAGUCAAGCUCCCAUGACUAUGUCCACAAAAUUAUCCCCUCUUUCACCCUCACUUUCUUCAGUCAUCACGGGACCGAGGGAAAGUCAUAGUGAUGACAUAACGUACCAGUCAACUGGACAUGGCGAUCAUUGGUUUCACUUGCAAGUUUAUGCGACUCCAGAUGAAGACGUGAUUGGUCAGCCGGUCGAUGAAUAUGUUUGGCAGAUUAUGGCUCAAAUGUACCUCACCACUGGACGAAUCAGUAACUUGUGCCGUGUGUUGGCUUAUUUUCCAACUUUUUAUGAGGCGUUUCAUGUUAGUAUCUCGGUCGUCCUCAAGCGCUCUAUUGGUCCACUUCAUCCUCCAUGGCGAUAUUAUUUAGGCAUUAUGGCUGCUGCCGAGCAUCGAUGCCAGUAUAUAGUGCAAGUCUUAACACACGAAUUUAUCCAUCACGGUGGAGACAAAAAUUGGUUGAAGGGACUGAAACAUGUCCCAUUUAAAUUACGAACAAUAUCACGAUUGCUUCUAAAGGUUUCAAGACAACCGUGGAAGCUCGAGGAAGAGGACAUGACUCAAUUAAUGCGACAUAACUCGGUAGGAACGCCUGUAUCAGACACUUGGACGCAUAGCGAGUUGGUACAUGCCACAACCAUUUUCGCCACCAUAUUAAGCUUGAGCAGCUUUAUAGGCUCUUGCGGGAUAGCCAACGAACCCGACAUGACUGGAGGAUUCACCAUCGGCGGUAAAAUACAACCUGGCAUAGAGCAAGAGCUAGGAACGUUUCAAACACAAUUAGUCAAUCCAGUCAAAGAGGAAGACGAAGCCAUUCAUGCAGCGUCUGCUGCAACGGGAUGGUGUGAAGAAUUAGAUUCACAUCCUUCACCUACCAUUGUUAUGCAAGAAGACGGCCCAUCAGGUAACAUUGGGCUUGGACUCAAAUUUACACCCAUGAGAUCCGCCAAGGCAGACAUUGAAGACGACGGCGUGAAUGGACCCACCGAGUCUGAAAUGCAGGAUCAAACGAAAAUGAUUAUUUCCUUGUUAAAAGAAACGACUCAAGUGAGCUCAACAGCCGGUUCGUCUGCCCACUGCUUACGCACCACACCAAGCAGGGAUCCAGAUGGCUCACCGACCAAACUGCACCCCAUACGUCGUCAGUCUGAGGACUCAUCCAACUUCCAAACCAAACUUUCAAGUAGUAUCAAUAUAUAUGUAAAUGCAGUAUACGAAAAUUUGGAUCGGUUUGUGGAUCAUACUUCAGCAAGUGAUGCAAUUGAAAGACGAGAAUUUGAUGUCAAAAUUGACGAAGAGCUCAACCUUGGAGACUUUUCAUGGGAAACUGAAGCCUGCGAUCUUGUAAAUCAUUAUUUACCUUCAGUUGGCGAGUACAUUGAUGCAGAGUUUCACGAAGCACUUAGCAUUACUGAUUGGAGCAUAUUUAAUCAACAAGAAGACACUAUGCUGGACACGUCCCCACUGAGACGAGCUAUAUGGUUUUACUGCCUCAAGCUCUAUGGUGUUAAAAAGGAGGAUUACGACUACUCUGAUAUUGCCCGACUAAUUAGUCCGCAAAUGAAGAAGUAUUUGAAGAAGGUAUGCUACGACCCACAGAGCAUCACCUUACAAGAUUGGAAUACAACUGGAAUCUCGUUAAGAUCAGAAGAAAAAUGUCACAUGAACGUAUUGGCUUCAGAAGCCAAGAAGCAGGCCCUGUUAUGUUGCAUGCUCUCGAUGUUGGCAAGGCUGUAACUUCGUUUUAAUGAUGGUUACACGGACAGGUUCCCUCGAGCAAAUCUAUUUUUGUCAACAAAAACAGUUAAUAAAGUCGCCUUUUCAUUU